AUGAUAAUCCCUUUUGUCAGAGAAUGGUUGUAUUUGACCAAUUUGAAAGUAAUUAAAUGUUCGAAUACAGGCGAAAUUCUUUUUGAUAAGUUAAGAGCUGAUAGUAUUAUGGCUCAUCUGUUUUUUUACGAGAAAAGGAAUACUUAG